ACAGAACAGGUCAACUCCACGGUGUUCUAGAAUGAACAGUGAAAACGUGUGGAUGUUGAGAGUUUUCAACUCAGGAGCCAAUAGCCCCUCAAGAAUUAAAAAUGAGAGCAGUGGUUCUCAAACUCGGUCACACAUUAGCAUAACUGGAGGAACUUUAAACAAAUCUCAGCGGCCAAGCCACUUCCCAGACGGAUUAAAUCAGAUUUCCUGGAGGUGGACACAGGCAUCGACAUUACUUAAAGUCCCCAGCUUAUUCCACUAAUGUAGAGCGUGCUUGUGCACAAGUGCAUUUCAGCCCUGACGGAACCUCAGAGUCACCGAGAAGGUUUUAACAACUACUAUCCUCUCAACAAGUCAAAGACUUUGAUUAUUAUUAUUUUUAAUGAGAACACUGAUUUUUUUUAAAGCUCCCAGAUGAUCUAACAUGUUAGCCAGGGUUGGGGACGGCCAGGUCACACUCUAAAGGUACACAUUUCACUCUAUUGAAGCAAUCAUCACAGACCCAACACAUUUCCCGAUGGAACUACCCCCAGACCAGUGGAAAACGCACCUCUGUUGGAGGUGGGGUGGAAUUCCAUUAAAAACUAGAAAGUGUUUAGCUUAAAAGUUAGGUCUUCUUAAUGUAAAUGUUUUGUUUGUAUAAAUUCCCUUAUUUUAGCAUUGUCAGGUUUUUUUUAACAGUAGCUGAAUGGGAAGAGAAAACAGAAACAAUCUUAGGUGCAAGAUGAUAACCUGGAUACGCUUUUGUGACUAAGUAGAAAGUCCUGGAAACUGUGCUCCUGUAUCUGGCACUAUAGAUACAGGAACAACAUGUGAAAAAGUUUGGUUCUGAUAUAAAAAUGCAUCAUCUUCACGGAUACCAUUCUCAACAGUUCUAGAACUGAAUGGAAAGAAUCAUAAAGAGACUGAGACUGACCAAUUCUGUAACGCGUUUGCCCUGAAUUCCUAAGUCCCCUCUCGAAGUUGUACUAAUGGGAAACAUAACCAAGAGAGGCAGCAGGGGGCUGGUGGCUGACGGGGCCCAGGCCCUGGAAGAGGGCGUGGCGGUGUCAUUCCACACCAGGCUCUACGAGGCCAUCCUGAGGGAGGACUGCACCGCACUCCGGGCUCUGCUCAGAAGCCACCCCGUCAACGAGCCCAUGACCGUUCUGGCCAGCUCCACCGGCUACAGAUUACUGCUGAGCCAGCAGACGCAGUCCAUCAUCCCCAUCUACCUGGCCGCGGAAUACCGCAAGGCACAGAGUUUGCUUUGUUUGUUAGAACACGGCGCAGACCCAGAAGUAAGGGACACGAGAGGCCUCACCACGCUCCGCCUGAUGCUCCUGCACUGGCCCAUCGCCUCUACCACGUGGACGAACCCGGGGAACAGAAUCCAAAGGAUGCUGACGGACAUCCAGAACGACGCAGUCCUGUGUCUGCACACUUUGUGCGAACACGGGGCCCAGGUGAAUGCGCGAGUGGCCGACAACUGGCGCUCCCCCCUCCAUCUGGCCAUCACGUACGGCACCUCCCCGGUUCUCUCCAUCCUGGCCCAGAACGGUGCCCAGGUCAACGCCAUGAACGAGUCCAGCAUGACACCCCUGCACGUGGCUGCAGAUGUACUGAAUAAGGAGAUGAUGGAAACGCUCACUGCCCACGGGGUGAACGUCAACUGCGCCAUCUCCUCCACGGGCAACACGGCCCUGAAGCUGGCGGUGUGCACCGCGUCAAGCAAGGCCGGCCGGCUGCUGGCCGCGGGCCUGAGCUGCACCCGCCUGCUGCUUGUUCACGGAGCCCAGGUAAAUACCCAGGACCAUGAAGGUCAAGCCGCGAUCCACGAGGCGUGUUUUGGAGGCAGAGAGGCAAUAAUCAAUCUCUUGCUCGAAUUUGAAGCCAAUGUUAACAUAUUAACAAGAAAUGGGGAAUCUCCGAUAUAUAUGUACCUUCUGCGCGGCUCCAAUAUAAGAGACACGGCACUUCUCACCAGGCUGCUUUACCACUCUUAUCCUUUGAGACUGACCAAUAACCAAGGAAUUCUACCUGCAGGAAUCAUGCUCCCAGAAUUCCACCUCCUAAGGGAAACCCCAAUAAAGUUAUCUCAAAAACCCUUAUCCCUAGAGGACAACUGUAAAAGAAACGUCAGAAAUAUUUAUGGGGAGAAAUACAAACAGCACUUGAAGCGACUUCUCCCAGAGAAGAUCUGGAAUUCUGUAUAUGGUUAUUAUGAUUUAGCUCACCUCCUGAAAUAAGAUCUCAAAGUUGCACAGAGCCACAGAACUUCAGUAACUCACGUCGCAUUUUCUGGCUAGACGUGUACCCAGAAAAUACUUAACCCGUCACCUUAUACAUCCCAAAUGUACAAACUACUGGUUCUUAAACCUUUUUCAGAAAAUAAAAUGAUUUGCACAUUAACUUCUUCUUCCUAAAUAGUCUUUUAAAUGCAUUUUCCAUGAUUUAAUUUUUGCCCCAAAAGUAAGUAAAUUAAAACUCUCAGCCAAAGUAGUAAAUAUAUUUUCUCUCUCUCGCUCUCUCUUUUUUUAUUUUCUGGCCAUGCCGC